AAACUGGAAAGCAAAUACGAAAUCACUCAAGCUUGGAUCUAGGUUUUGGGAAUGGAGGGUUGGGAUCCAAAUACGAAAUCAACUCUCACACAGAUCCCACUUCUGACGACGAAAGCAGGGCCGCGAGAUGGCGCAGCCUGGACACAGCGGCUCAAGGAGGAGUACAAGGCACUUAUCACCUAUACGUCGAUGAACAAGUCGAGGGAUAAUGACUGGUUUCGUAUCUCCGCCGCUAACCCGGAAGGGACUCGGUGGACCGGCAAGUGCUGGUAUGUCCACAAUCUUCUCAAGUAUGAAUUUGACCUCCAAUUUGACAUCCCUGUCACCUACCCCGCGACCGCUCCUGAACUCGAGUUGCCCCAACUCGAUGGGAAGACUGAAAAGAUGUAUCGAGGAGGAAAGAUUUGCUUGACGGUGCAUUUCAAGCCACUCUGGGCGAAGAAUUGCCCGAGGUUUGGAAUAGCACAUGCCCUCUGUUUGGGUCUUGCACCAUGGCUUGCAGCAGAAAUUCCAGUUCUUGUUGAUUCUGGCAUGGUUAAGCACAAAGAUGACACUUCUUCAUCCUCUGAAUCCUGAUGGAAAUUCCAUCUCUCUGCAGUUCUAUCCUGGUGAUAUCCAUACAUGUUUUGUGUUGUAGUUUUAAUUUAUUACUAAGAAAUAAACUAAAUUCGUGCGAUGUAGGUUCAAGAUGCAGGGAUAUUUCCUAAACGCCUAAUACCAACAAUACAUGAUGACAAUCUCUUUUAUUGACAUCUGAUUGUGAAUUUGUGAUACACGAAAACAAAUGGUAGAAGGCCAUCAUGGUUUACCAUUGGAACUGAGGAUGACAUUGUAUAAUUGUUCAUCUUUGUGAG